ACAAAUAAAAAAAAUAUAUUUUUUUUUUAUUAUUCAAUACGAAGAAAAUUUUGAGUUUCCACGAAAUAGUCUCAUUGAUAUUUGAAUUGUGAAAAAUGGAAAAUAUUCUUGAUAAACCUGAUGCCAACAAUAUCAGAGCUCUAGAGCAACUAAAAUAUGAUCUUGGGGUUGAAAAUUCCGAGUCAGAAGAUGAACAAUCGAGGGAUAUGUGUACCGAGUACGAUGAGAGUUCGCUGCAGAGAGAGCCUCAAGACCAUGAUUUGAUUUUUGAUAAUUCAAUCAAUAUGAAGGAAGAAGAGAUUGAUCUUGGGGCUGAUUUCAUCUUGCCCGAGGUAUCCCAAUAUACUGUACAAACUAAAAAGAAGGAAAAAAAGAGCAAAAGAGAACUCGAGGAAGAAGAAAGGGAGAAAAUGCAGGUUUUAGUUUCAAAUUUUACUGAAGAACAAUUGGAUCGAUAUGAAAUGUACCGAAGAUCAGCCUUUCCUAAGGCUGCAAUCAAGCGGUUAAUGCAAACUAUCACUGGAUGCUCUGUUUCACAAAAUGUUGUUAUAGCCAUGGCUGGAAUCGCUAAAGUUUUUGUUGGAGAAGUUGUUGAAGAAGCUCUAGAUGUAAUGGAGGAACAAAGUGAAAGUGGCCCAGUUCAACCUAAACACUUAAGAGAAGCUGUUAGAAGACUAAGACUUCAAGGAAUGAUUCUUGGUGGAAGAGAUUAUAGAUCACAUUUCAAGUUGUGAGACAUGACUGUUUCUUUCUUCCAGCGACUGUUAUUCAUGCACAAAAUUUAUUUUUUAGUUGAUUUCAACAUACUUAUUAAUUUAUCCUAUGAGUAUAUAAUAUACUUUUUUAUUGA